AUGCCUCAUAUCAAACAGAGCACAGGCAAGCCCACGCCGGCUGCGCGCUCCGGCACCCUGGACGAGACCUUCGAGAUCGACCGCAAGUUCUGGGACGAUCUUCCCUACAUCUACCUGAGCCACCGGGCCAUAGUCGAGUUCUGCAAGCGCGACAAGGUCAUCGCGAAGGAGGCGGAGGAGGAGAGGAGGAAGCGGAAGAAGAAGAACAAGGCCCACCGCAAACGACAGAAGCUACCGCACCGGCUGCGCAGCCUGAAGGAGUUCGCGAAGAACGGCGGACCGGAUCUCUCUGGGAUUUCCAGUUACGGCUGGUCCGAAUCCGCAGAGCCGUGCAACUCAACCUCCCUCUACGACCGCAACUGCCACAACUUCCUCAAGCUGCACGGCAUUGCGCACCGACCGCACAGCCACAACCGGCCGCGCAACUACUCAACGCUACAGGAACGACUCAAAGAGACGCGGGACUCAGUCGAGCGGCUGGGCCCCGAAGACCAAGCCGUAUGGCUCAAGGCCUGCCGAAACUUUAGCAAGGACCGGGGGCAUUUCGACCAGACGACGGGCCUAUUAUUCGGGGCCGUCCCAGAGACGGUGCUGACGUACGUUAACGAGCCGAUCACGGGCCUCGAUCCGCUAGUGGAGGGCAUGUUCCAGGCGCAGCCGGACUGCUUCGACUGCAGCGACUUCUACGCGCUGGACGAGCACGGCCGUAUCGCCAACGACCUGAUGAACUACAUCGUACCGGCCGCGGACGCGUACGGCGUCGUCCCGAAUUUCUUCGUGCAGUUGAAGCUCGACGACGACGCCCGCGAGGCCGGCAAGCUGCAGGCCCUGCAUUAUGGCGCAUUGGGGGCUCGUGCUGUGCAGAAGCUGCGCUUCUACGCCCGAGAGGCUGAUGAGUGGCUGGAUGAGCACGCGUACUCGAUCGUCGCGGUCGUGUUCACUAGGGGCAUCACGAUUUAUGCCGUGCAUAUGAUCGAGUCUGAAAAUGCGAGCCGAGAGGCGGAUUACCAGUUGACCCAGAUCUUCACGAGUCGCGUUACCGAUGGCAUCGCUCAGUUUCGCAAGGCGGUCGCCGCGUUUCGGAACUGUAGGGAGUUUGCCAAGGAUUGGAGGGAUUACUUCGUUGAGGAGGCUAGGCUGACGCUCGAGAGGAGUGACUGUGAGGAGUCAUCGCAGGGGGCACCGAUAGGUGAGGAUAGACGGUUAGGUGAGGACGAUAGCGAGGGAUUCAGUGUUUCCCAGGCCGAGUUUUGGCCGCUGUUCGUGCUUAAAUCCGCUUAUUUCCGUGAUUUUCGCGGCGAGGUCGCGGCCGUUCUGCCGGCUUAA